GGAUAAGAAUUGAGAAUCAGAGGUCUUUUCGAUUCCGGAGAAUCCGUCACGUUCGCCAGGAAUCUUUUUCCCGCGGUAGGGUAGGGUUGGCAGCAGUUGCCAAUCGGUCGAUCGUUUUCACGUCAGUGACACUCGGGAGUCCUUGGGCCAUCGUUACAUUGUUUUACAAUGUAAGAACACAAAAAGAGAGUAAAGUCAUUCGUAAAUAAAGUUUCUAAUAAUUGGAUACGCCAAAAACAUUGGGGCUACGACCUAACCAGUGCUCCAUUUGUAAUCUAACAGAUGGGACAUUUAUUGUCGGCCAUGUCAAGAGAAUAACUUUCCCGUACAGGAGCAAAGAGUAAACAUCCUUGGAGAGGAAUACACAAGUGCAGACACGUCUAGACGCUGGGACUCGCAUAAUCAAAAAUACGCCACACGGAGACGUCGACGUUGUGCGAACGAUUAGCAGCAGACGCGUCGGUGUAGGAUGCUGCUGUUAGCGUAAGAGUGAAACCUCGGUGUAGCAGACAGUGAGUUCUCUCGGUUGGGAGUCUUGAGUUUGCGCGAGGACCCGUCGGGUUCACGCCGACGCCGAAGCCGAGUGCGACGCCGACGCAGCGUUUUACACUGGGAGUCGGCGUAGUCUGGGACUUGGCGUCUCCCGAUCGGGAACGGGAACGGGAACAGGAACGAGAACGACGAGAACGGGCUAGUCGAGUGAGGAGUGUGGCUCGCGUUAGAUAGGAUGCGUGUGCCUGGGUGCGGUGUGCCACCACCCAACAAGAGAAAAAGUCACAGCAAGAACAAGAGGGACGGCAACAAGGAGAAAAUCGCCGUCGAAGAGGAUUGGAGAGAAGAUCAGGAGCGUGCCCCAGAUCACCACCUUCGUCAAGGAGAUCAUCUACAGAGUAAUCAGGGCACGAUAGCACCAGGACCAGGAUACUUUACGACGCUUCAUCCCUGCACCGCCUUAAGAUACUCCACGAGUACAAGAAUCUCCUGCUACGUCAUCACCAGGAAGUCAGGUUCCAGUUGCACGAGGAUCACGCCUCAUAGUCUUCAGUGUCUUCCCGGUACCGAUCCGCACAGUCCUCCUAGUCGUCGCCUGUAUCGUGUCUGUCGUCGUCGUCCUUACCGUCAUUAUCUUCACCACUCUCGGGUGCAUCACCACGAGCACCCGGAACAGCAGUACAAAAAAGCCCGAGAACUACUCCGCACCAGGUGCGCUGCCACGAGGUUCCCUCGCGUGUAGCCCACCGUCGGGCCGGCCUCCUAGUCGUCGUCACGACGUUCAGGACGCUUCAGCUGGGGCAGGAGUGCUACGGUGCGAAUCGGCUUCAGCCUGGACCGCCACCGUCUCAGCUACUCAUGUUCAUCCCGGAUACCCUGAGGAGCUGCAUGGUGGAACCGGAUGUCUCGACAUACCUGCAGGCCCCUUCCGUAGGACAGGAUGAGUUCCAUCCAUUCAUUGAGGCCCUCCUACCGUUCGUGAAGUCUUUCUCGUACACGUGGUUCAACCUACAGGCAGCCAAGAGGCGAUACUACAAGAAGCACGAGAAGCGGAUGAGUCUCGAGGAGGAACGACAGUGCAAGGAGGAGCUGCAAAACGAGAAACUGGAGGUCAAACAGAAAUGGGCCUCGCGCCUCCUGGGUAAGUUGCGCAAGGACAUCACCCAGGAGUACCGGGAGGACUUCGUGCUGAGUAUCACUGGUAAGAGGCCGGCCAUGUGCGUCCUGAGCAAUCCUGAUCAGAAAGGGAAGAUGCGACGCAUCGACUGUCUGCGUCAGGCCGACAAGGUGUGGCGGCUGGACCUGGUCAUGGUGAUCCUCUUCAAGGCUAUUCCCCUGGAGUCGACCGACGGCGAGCGGCUCGAGAAGACGGCCGAAUGCGCCCAACCUGGCCUCUGCGUCAACCCCUAUCACAUAAACGUCUCCGUCCGGGAACUCGACCUCUACCUCGCAAACUUCAUCACGAGUCACGAGGUUCUAAAUGGGAUCUGCAACGCGAGCAAGGAGGAAGAAAGGCGGCGGAAAGGUGCAGGAUACCACGAACUGUAUAACGGUGUCGUCUGCAACGACACGAUCCUCGCGACCGGCGUCUUCAGCUCGAAGGAGCUCUGGAUGCUUUCAAAAGGUCCGCCGCCGGUGCACCAGCUCAUACGAAACGAGAAGACUGAAAAGACGCCGACGGUGUCGGUAUCCAGCGCCCCGACUUUCUCGCCGGUACUGAGGCCCGAGGACGGCGGCCAUCGCGGAAUGGACUCGCCGCACUCCCAAACGGGGCUCCACUCGCCGCACGAAGGACUGGCCAGCGGCUCCGGACAGGGUAUGUCAGGCCUGGCCUACUACCAGCCCGACCACUCUGGCUCAGCGGGUGUCGUAAAGUACCCGGAGAACGGACACGACACCCUGUCGGAUUUCGUGACGUUCGUCUGCCAGGAGGCCGAGAACACCCAGCAACUACCCCAGGCGCAGCUCGCGGGACCGCGGACCCCCGUGCAAAAGUUCUCACAGUAUUAUCCGAGCUCGAUGCUACCGCCGCCACCCCCGGCGCCGAUGGCCCGGCCCGUCGCCAUCAUCCGCUCGACCGGUGAACUCACAGCAGCCAGUGCCAACUCACCGCCGACCUCCUCGACCUCGCCGUCCGAUCCUUCCGACCUUGGAAGCAGCCAGGACCAGCAGAUGGCUGCUGCCGCGGCCGUCGGACUCGUCAGUUCACCCUGUCAGAGCUCCGUUGACCCCAACGGCAGGAAGAGCCCCGCCAGGAUCCUUGUGACGGCGCCCCACACCAGCAGAGAGUACACCUUUGCUCACUUUCACUCCCAACCUGGUCAGCAAAUCUUCACCUACCCCACCAUCAGCUCGAUGUCAGGGGUCAUCUCGCCUACGAACCUUUCACUCUUCUCAUCCCCGGUCUCGGUCACCAGGCCCGUCGCCACCCAAAGAUCUGUCUCGAACGUUCCACCUCGCUGGAACACUGCGCCGUUCAUCAACCUGGAGGAUGAUUACAACAUGAUCGCCCCUAUCAUCGCUGGCACAGCCAGUGAACCACCGUCUGCCAUGGAUGAAGAACGCUACUUUCAUCCCGUGCACUCGAGUAGCGUCGUGGACAAGAGUGGACCCGCUGGAAUGAUGGGAACUGACCUCGGUGGUGUAGGCGGGGACCCUACGUCGCAUCAUCAUCAGCAACAGCAACAACAGCAGCAGCAGCAGCAGCAACAACAACAGCAGCAGCAACAGCAACAAGUGAUGCAGGAUAAAAGUGGAAGACCAAAGUCUCCUCCGUGACACUGGAGACUUCCUCUCGUUCGUCUCGUUCGUCUUGGUAAAUUAAGAGGACUCGCAGGACUCGUAGGACUCGUAGAACUCGUAACGAAUCUGUGGCGAUCGCAGGAGCGCUCGGUGGAAUUACUCAUCGUCUAGGUCAUUCCUCUGGACGUGUUUCGGUGCUACUUAAUAAGUAACUUUUGCCAUCCCCCACUUUAAUGGGAGGCAAUGGAACAAUGAAGCAAUGACGCGAGGUUACAUGGACGCCGGAGGGAUCGGUAGGAAGUCGAGGAGGAGUUUGAGCGUACGUCGAAUGGCGAACGGGCUAAGAGAUUAUGAAAAAGAAUAUGAGAAAUCGGCUCCAUCGAGACGACCCGCUGAUCGCUGGCUAAUUAACUUUACCUACCUAUGCCUAAUGCUCAGGCUAGUGCUAACACUAGUGAGGACUAGUGCUCAGGCUAGUCACCAGAGGCUGCUAGUUAGAUACAAACUAAUUAAUUGUAAUGAUAAUUGACGGUUAAAAAAUGGUUAACGUGUUAAUCGAUUAUUCAUAAUUAAUUAUAGCUAUUACCAUGACGUUAAUUGGCUAAUGGAGCCUAUCAAAAUGACAGACAGGAAGUACACCUGCGCGCGCAGGCGCUUGUUAUUUCGCGUAAAUAGGGAAACGAACGGUAUCGGAAAGGAGAAACAAACGUGAAGUGAGGAGGGUGAAAGAGAGAGAGGAGAUACGGACAUGGGCCGUUAUCGAGACAAAAGAGGAGAUCAACAGUAUCAUUUUUUGGAACAAGAACAAAGUCGUUCGAGAUUAUCGCACCAGUUCAGAGUGCUCGGCUGUAACAAAAAGUAUCGGGUCAAUCCUUAUCGGAACAUUGUUAAAAAUCAGGAAGAAGGGAGUACCUACGGCGCUGCGGAAUGAAUUAACGGGGGGGAAAAAAAAACGAAGAAAAAAUCAAAAAUAUUUAUAUAGAUGCCAAAUCAAAAGAUCGAGUGAUUCGAUAAUUAUAGUUGUUUAGUUGAUAACUCGUUUAAGGUUAACCUCGACCUCCAAUCGGGCUUACUUAUUGUCAGUCAUCGAGUGACCCAUCGUGCACCGUUCUUGGCACGUGUCCGCCAUGAGACUUUCGAUACUCCCUUCCUCGUGACCUUUGAUUGUAAAACACGGCCGCAUCCUCUCAUUCAGUUAGUACACACUUACUAUCCCUACAGACGGAUUAAUCUCUAUUUACGCUGCAAAAUCCUACUAUUGUUACUAAUUACUAACGCUGCUGCUACUACUAUUACUACUACUGCUACUACACACUACUAAUACAACUACGCUACAACAACAACUACUGCUACCGCUACUAUAAUAUAAUAACACUAUUUACUAUUAUCGCUAUACUAAAUAACACAACUACUACUAUUAUUAACAUUUAUCGAAAAAAAAAAAAUGAAGGAAAAACAAGAAUAACAACAACCAGUGCUACUAUUACCGACUAUUACUCUUAAUAUUUACGAUUAUUAUUAACGCUGCGAAUUAAUACUACCUAACACUACACUAUACACGUAAUACUAUUACGAAUACUGAUACUACUACUGCUAUUACCUAACGACUACUUUAUUACGUAACCGAGAGCUACGAAGCCGCAAUGUAAAUAUAUUUGAAAGACUCGAGUUGUAAGGAAUAGUAUUGCAUACUAACGCAUAGAACGAGGAACGUGAAUUCACAUAGACACGCGCGCCAAAUGCUCAACUUCAAAAUGUUGGAGGAAAAUUUUUCAAAAUUUCUUUCCCCAACAAAAAAAAAAGAAACGAGAUCGCAUGGAAUCGUAACGGAAGGGCAAAGAGUCUCGAAAGUUUGUACGCUUAUGCGAGGGCGCCAGUAAGCCGUUGAGCCGUAUUAGUAUGGUAAAAGUAAAAGAAAAGUAAAUAAGAAAAAUACACUUCGGUGCCAAGCAAAGCUAAGAUAGUCGAGAAUACGCUUAAAAAAAAGUAUUUCCUAGGAUUCGUUUUUCUUUUUUUUUCUUUCUUUUCCCCCUUUUUUUCUAUAAAAUCUAAGAGCACGCAACACACGAACGCUAAAACGUAAUGUGCGAGACGUAGGACGUAAGCCGAAUGGCAUAAAAAGAAAUGGGGUGGUCCGGGAAUGCGGAACGCGUGUCCUUUUGAGGAUAAGCGAGAGAGAGAGAGAGAGAGAGAGAGAGAGAGAAAAGAAUUUAAAAAAAAAAAAGAAAUUUUCCACAAACCUCGUUGCUCCCAGAAGGCUCGGCUUUAAUGUAACGACAGUGCGUAGCAGGCGAUAAUACGAAUAGGCAGACCGAAGACACAGAGAUAGUUAGCUAGAUAGAUGAUAGAUAUAUAGUUAGAUAACUUAGUAAGAUACAUUUAGAUAGAUAUAGAUACGUGUAGAUAGACGAAGAUGGAAAUGAAAUGAAGGAGUGAGUGAGAACGAGUGUCGAGAAGACACGUGAACGAGUUCAUGAUUUUGGAUAAUGGCGAAGCGCGGAGGGAUAGGGAAAAGUAAAGAGAGAGAAUCAAGGAGAAAGAAUGAAAGGAAAGAAAAAGGAAUAAUUUAGACGAAGGUGGCGCGCGUGCUUUCGCGAAACUUCGCUCGAUCGUUUCCUUUCGCCGGCGAACGGUCAGGGAGCGUCCAAUAUGGCGUCCGUUUGGCGUCCAAGUUAAAACUUUCGCGUUAAUGUCUCGAACUGCCUUGAACCGAAAGUGCAUUAAAACUAAAAUUCGUACGUACGUUUAAAUACGUGUAUAAGUUCGUGGAAGUUUUACGUAACGAUAUGUAUUAUGAGGUUAGGGGCCGCCUAGGUGAUGACUUUUCUACACUAGCGGGUAGCUUCGCGUAGAGACUGUCGAAUUUGGCCAUGUUUUUCGAUCGAACGUAGCCCUAGGCCCGGGCCACCCUGGCGACGUAGACGUUAGCAAGACGCUGCUGAACGUUAGGGAAAAACAGAAACAGCAGAGGAACGCUGUCACACGGUAAUCCUAGAAGCAAUAUUAAACAUGGGAAACCGUGUGACCGGGCGUGAAUAUAUAUAUAUAUAUAUAUGGCUGGUAGUGUUUGCCACUGAGAAACUUUUCCGGGCACGCAGGUACAACCAACAGUUAACAAGAGCAACGACAGGAGCAGCAACGGAAAAAAAAAAAAUUAAGAAAAAAAAAACUAAGUAGCCAUGGGAGUGCGCUUGCUUUAGUCCUUGAGUACGUGAUGAGUGAGCGAGAGUGAUGAGGACGCUGAUUUAAAAUGAUAUUAUUUAAAAAAAUAGUACGGUAGAGAAACUAAGGCAACAACGACAAGAAGCAACAAUAAUAUUAUAUUAAUAAUAAUACCAGUAACAAUAAAUUAAUGAUAAUUGUAACGAUUACGAUAACGAUAAUAGUACGAUUAUAAUGACUAUUAAUACGGUAAUACGGUGAUUACAAUGAUAUACAUAUAUUAUAUAAAAUACAAUGAUAUAUUUAUCGAAUAUUUAUUGAGCAAUAACACAUUGUGUAGCAUGGUUGUACAAAGUAGGUAAUGCGUGAGAAAGAGAGAGGGGGCAGGGAGGGAGAGAGUGAGAGAGAGAGAGAGAGAGAGAGAGAAUGUAAGAGAGAGGUAAAAAGGACGCGCGAGCUUAAGGAGAGAAAGAGAAGCGAGACAAAAUGAACAAAAGAAGAAAAAAGAAGAAGAAGCGCACACACAGACACACACACACACACACACACAGACACAUAAAGACACAAAAAUGAGGAAGUAUCGAUAAACGCUAAAUAACUGAUAAAUACGGAAACAAAGUAAAUGAUGCGUCGAGUGAAAGAAUACAAGAAGAAAACAAAAACGCGAUUUUUUGGACUUUAUAGUCCGACUUAAUGUAUUUUCGUUUCACGAUCAAUUUUUUUACGAUUGUGAACGGAGUUCAUGUUAUAUAUCAGGGAUUAGACUAAAUAGUAUAAUACGCAGCGAGCGAGGUGGCAAAAAGGUAGCGAGUAGUAUGAGCCAAGAGAUAGAGGGGGGAAAAAUAAGAAAUAAAAAGUGAGUCGGUAACGAAGAACGUAAACAUAAAAAUGAGUGUGAACAAAGGGACGAAAGAAGAGGAAAAAAUGGAAAUCCCGCCUUCGUCGACUGGCCCAACGAAACCAAUUAAUUAAUUGCCAGGGAUUCCAUCAGCCAAUCUUUAUCCGCAAUUGGUAAUUGUACAGGCGCACAAUUGUACAGGGGGUUUCAUCCGAGAGGGCCAUACUCAUUUGAGAGCCCUCGUGGCCUCUCACGUCGCUGAACAGUGGCCGCCUAUCGAUCAUUUCUCCGAACUAUUCGUAUCGAUUAAGUGACUUGAUCGAUAUACUCGAAAAGCUCGUCCCUCGUAUCGUAAGGAAGAUACCUGAACUCUGUUACACCUUUUACCCAUGAAUUUACGCUGAGACGGCUCUUUGUCACCUCUAAUCGCGCCAUUAUACGUUGUGUCCAUACUGUCUCAAUUAAUAUUAUGUAUUAUAUAUCCGACAAUAUUGAUUAUUAAAAUUCUUAAUACAUACAAGAUGGCGGGACGCCCUUGUUGUACCCUGACUGUUCCUUCUUUUAUAGAUACUUGACCGUAACCAUUUGGUUCCCUUUGUUGACGUCGGAGCGCCACUUGUCAGUUUUGUCAUGCCAGGUGAGCGCGUCUUCCUCGCGCCAUUUUCUUUGUUCUUUGUCAGUCAGUUUGAUCGUGUGUGCCAAAGAGAUAUUCAAUUAUACUUUCUUCGUUACAGGAAGUGCCUUAGGGAUCACUGACUUCCGGAAUCUUCGUAGCACGCAACGAAUUCUAGAACUUCGCGCAAUUCCGUAUAUGUUUAUCAAAAUGGAGUUUAUUGUUUCUUGAAUAAAUAAUAAUAUAAUA